UCUUCAGAGCUCAUCUACCUUUAGGAUCCUUCCAGGACUCGUUGUGGUUUAGUUGGAAUGCGACUUCGGUCCGAGUAUGACGGAAUUUUCUGAGCGCGCGAACUGAUAUUCUGUUCAAUAUUCUUGUGCUUGUGCUAAGGUGAUCCUGUCCAAGUGAAGCAAAUAAUUUGCAAGUUCCAACCGAUUACUUAAUUUAGUUAGUGUUUCAAGGAUAACGAAUUUUGGCAAAGGAAAAUGUGAAAAAAUCUGAAAUAGUUCACUUAGUGUAAAAUAGAGUAUAGUGCAGUGACCUUGUUGAAAUUUGUAAAACGGUUCGCAGCGGAAUAAGCUGCGAACAAGCAUCGACUGAUUCCAAGAAUAAAGUUUGACUACUGACUUCAUUAAUAGUAAACACGCGCGCUAUUUGCCCACCUCCAGCAGUGAAGUUUCAAGUACAGGACAAAUAUUGACAAGAGGUUUAGGUACCCACAAAACUGUCGUAUUCGUGUUGCAGUGUUCUUCAAAGGCAAGAACGUUUCACAGCGUCAACAAAAACUGGCCACGUUAAAGGGAUUUGCGACCCAGAAACCUUGACUGCCAUGCACACAUGGAGACCAACCGACUUCCAGAAUUCAUCUCACCUGCUGAAAAUGUGAGAAUGUGAAUUGCAUAACAAUUUCCAUGAUUCUGUGUCCUGGUUGAAAUACUAUCCCCGCAGUAAGCAGCCAAAAUGCAGAAGCUCCGUCGAAGCGCAAAUCGCACAUCCGCCAGCCGUUAUAUUAAAUAGCUGCUCCCUGGCUGCAGAAAGUGCAAUCAUAAUAGCCAAGCAACGUGUGUACCCCAGAAGUGAUUUUAUGAAAGUACUGAUUUGAAAUGCAACAACAAUUUCUGCCAUAUGAAAGUUGCAAUAACGAAUUCCGUUUAAUAAUUCAUUAGAGUCGUCCUUUGGAGCCGUUUCUCGGAACAGGACAGUUUUUCCCUUAGUUGUUUUGCUUCUUCGUUUUCACUUGAACAAAUAGAACUAAUAAAUUGAUAAUAAACCACAUGUGUGGAUGCUGGAGUGCUGAAGGUCCUUUGUCGAAUUAACGAUUGCAGUGAUUAAAGCUGAAAAUGAGAGUGAAGUGUUAUGUGAAUGCCGUACUUCAUGCAACCAUUUUCAGUUUAGUGUUUCAGUUUCAGUUAAUUUGUACGGCCCACGGUGAAAAUCGAAUCGAAAGGGAGAGAACAGUAAGAACGAUAGACAUCGAAGCAGUCGAAGGAAAGAAAAUCUCAUUACCGUGCCCGUUAGUUGCACCGUCGCGGGAUAAAGUCUACAUGGUCCUUUGGUUUCGAGACGAUGCUGGUAUUCCACUCUACAGUUUUGACGUGAGAGGAAAGCCCCUGGUGCAAGGAAAGCAUUGGUCAGCGCCUGAAAUUUUUGGUAAUCGUGCUAAAUUCAAUGCAGACCUGGACCCAGCUGCGUUGGAACUAGAUAAUAUAAAACGUCACGAUCAAGGAAUCUAUAGAUGUCGUGUUGAUUUUCGAACUAGCCAAACUCAGAGCUUCCGAUAUAAUGUCACCGUUAUAAUUCCGCCGGAGCACCCCAUCGUCCUGGAUCGCUGGGGACGUCAGUUAAAUGAAACCAUGCUGGGUCCACUGGAGGAGGGGGAUGAUCUAAUGCUUACGUGUCGUGUAAUUGGAGGACGUCCUCAGCCCGAAGUCCGAUGGCUUGUGAAUGGACUCAAUGUUGACAAUCAAUGCGAAUACAAUUCCGAGAACAUUUUAGAAAAUCGUUUAUUGUGGCCAGCAGUGCAGAGAACAGAUUUAAACUCAAUAUUUACAUGCCAAGUAUUAAACACCCAACUCAUAUCACCGAAGGAAGCAAAUUUAGUCCUGGACUUACAUCUUAAACCACUCACAGCUGAAAUAACGAACCCACCACCGUCAUUAGUUGCUGAUAGAAGAUAUGAGGUUACUUGUGAAAGCACUGGUUCCAGACCCAAUGCCAUUAUAACCUGGUACAAGGGAAAGAGACAAUUAAGAAGGACAAAGGACGAUACAUUCUACAACACAACUGUGUCCAAAUUAAGCUUUGUACCAUCCAUCGAGGACAAUGGAAAAUCGAUUACAUGUCGUGCGGAAAAUCCUAAUGUAACCGGGCUUUUUCUGGAAACUGUAUGGAAAUUAAAUGUGGUUUAUCCACCCCUCGUCGCCCUUCGCCUAGGAUCAACUUUAUCUGCUGACGAUAUCAAGGAAGGCGACGACGUCUACUUUGAGUGCCAAGUUCAAGCUAAUCCCCAAUGGAGAAAACUUAAUUGGUUGCAUGACGGAGUCGUGCUCACACAUAACACAUCAGCUCGGAUUAUUCGUUCGAAUCAGAGUCUUGUCUUACAGCGAGUGACUCGAGAGUCAUCUGGAAACUACUCGUGUAGCGCAAUUAAUGCUGAGGGUGAAACUGUAAGCAACCAAUUUGUACUGAAAGUCAAAUAUAUUCCGUUCUGCAAGACAGACAGCAUUAUAGUCGUAGGAGCUUUGCAUGGUGAGCGAAUACGAGUCGGAUGUACGGUGGAGGCGUACCCACCUCCCAGAAGUUUUCGUUGGAAGUUUAACAACUCCGGCGAAACAAUGGACGUGUCCACGGAGAAAUUUUAUAAAAAUGGCUCGCUUAGUAUCCUAGAGUUUGCUCCAGUUAAACACGAGGAUUAUGGAACUUUAUCGUGUUGGGCGCAAAAUUCCGUUGGCAUUCAGCAAAAACCGUGCCUUUUUCAGAUCAUACUUGCAGGUUUGCCAUCAGCUCUCAAGAACUGCACAAUGACAAAUAAUACACAGUAUCUGUUGGAAGUCCAGUGCCAUCCAGGCAACGACGGUGGUUUGCCGCAAAUAUUUGUUCUCAGGAUUAUGUCAACAAUGACUGGGAAACUGUUGUACAAUUUAACGAACAUCGAUGAACCUUACUUUGCAAUCGAUUCAAUUGACGCGAUGACAUCAGCUGACCUCUUAUCGGCAAAUUUCAGAAUCGUUGUAUUCGCGGUUAAUCAAAAAGGAAAAGGCCCAGACGUGGUAUUAAAAAAUGUCCGAUUUCACGAACGUACACAAAAUUUUUCUGAGCCAAGUAUAUCGAAUUUUGAUAUAUCGCCAAUCAUAUCAGGGGUUGUGCUAGUUUUAAUCAUUCUCUCGUGCCUUAUUUUGGGUCAAGUGUUUGUACGGAGGCGACAUCAAACGAAAAAUAAACAAAAUACAAACAAUUAUAUACAAUCAAACAACUUGUUAUGCAAUCAGGAUGGAAAUACAAAAAAUAGUAGCCCAAGAUGGCAGCAUAGUGAAGCAAGUGCUGCAAAGCAGCUUGUUCCAGGCCGUGAAAGUUUUGAAGAUGAAUGUGACCCGGAUGUGAUACCGGCACAAUUUGCCCUUGAAGAAGCUGUAGCACCUUUUAAGGAGGACUGGUGUAGUAACCCUUUAUUCAAUAAAUUCAAUAGCCAUCAUAAUCGACCCACCAAUUUGCUUCUUAAAUCAAUAACUCAUGAGAAUCCUGAACGUGAUCGUCUUUUUGAGACGUAUCUGCAAUCAACUGUAAAUAUACCAGCGAGUAGUGGUAAAGAACUAGAUGUGCACGCUAUUAAAACAAUGCUCAUGACAACACGGGUUCCUGAAAGUUGUGUGUAAAAAUAGUUAAAUAUAUCCUUAAGAAUUUUUAAAUCAAAAUAAAUAUUUUGAAUUUGUAAAAAGAGCAUAAUAAUGUUAAAGACAUGCAUUGCUUAAUGAUAAAGUCGGAAUAAAUGGAGCGUAAUAUGUGUAAAUAAAACAAAACCUCAUUUUUAUGGCAAUUCAAUUCUGAGAAAUAUUCUCAACUUAAUAUAAUUUCCAGAAUAUAAGUUAACUCUUUAGUAGGAAUGUUCGCAUGUAAAAUCCAUUGGUUUGGAUUCUAAUUAUUUUGUAUUGAAACUUAUGUGUAUAAAUAAACAAA